AUGGAUGCCCUUCGCUUCACUAUUACUGCCUUGUUUGCCGCCUCCAUCGUUAUCUCAGCUCCACUCACCAAACAACUUGAAGGCAACUUUACCGAGGCUGCUGACCGCCAUAUGCGCCGCGGUGAACUGCUUGUCGUUGGAGAUGGUCGCGUCGUUUUUGCAGCCUCUAUUAUUACAGCAGACACAUGGGACCUGCUUUUGAAGACCAUGAACAUCCUCCCUGAGGCACCCGAAAUCGACUAUGACUGGCUUAGGGCCGGUGAUGAGUUCGCUGAGAUUCCUAGUAACCACAGCGAGCUCGGCCCUAGCAAGCGUGACUGCGAUAGCAAUCAUCCAAUUAUUAUUGAUCGCACUCUGCGCUUCGUCGAUUGGGAUGUACAGAUGUCUCCAGUUGUUAUCGGCACUGGCAGCAGAGGUAUGGACAUCACGAUCUCCAAGUCUUACUCCAUUGCCAAUCAGGUCACGGUCAGUGCUGGCUUAGACGUCACGCCUAUAAAGGACCGUCUUAAGCUUGGCUUUGGAAUCGACUUUUCUCGCACUUGGACCACUAUGCAAGGUUAUCUGAUCCGUGGCACUGUUGAUGCCGGUCAAACAGGCGUUGUCAUUACUAUGCCCUGGACUAACCGCCGAUAUGGACGUACCUUUCAGGGUUGUGUCGGUAACCUUCGCCAAACUGGUACUUUUAUGGCCGACUCUCAUGAAGAUGGUUCAUACGAGGGUGUCACCUGGGUUUCUGGUGCCAUUACCACUUGCGUUAAAAAUCAAACCAGUAUUCCCCUGUCUCGUUGUCACGGCGUUGGGGACUUUCUGUGA